CCUCAUACAAACUUAAAGUCCAACUUCUACAUAAAUCAAAAUGGAUUCCAAGAACCAAACGUGAUUUUCACUUAAAAGGGUUUAAAAAAUACUAUCCUGCACUUAUUUCCAACCAAACAAAAGAAAAACCACAAAGUUAAAAUUUGCUGGCACUAUAUAAAAUUGUUAUAUAUAAUUUAGAUGAGAAAUAUUUGGUCCCUUAAAAACGAUUUCAACGUUUAAAUCAAAAGAGUUCCCAAAUUGAAAAACUCAACCAAAAAGGCACUUUAAGCAAACCUCCACAAAAUGCACAACUGCAAACAAAUUUGGCUAUUCGUCUUUAGCUGGUAUAUGCUAUAUCCUUUUAGCACAGACUCAACACCACUACCAGUUUCAGCUAUAAAUUCCGCAGAGCAUAGUCAUACUGCACCCUGUCCACAUGAAAGCAUAGCCGAACUCAUCAAAACAAGUCCUGUGAUAGUUAAAGCAUUGGGAGCGCGUGUAUUCACCGACGAUGACUUAAGUGUGUUGCAGAUGGUCAGGGGUGAGCAGGAUAACUGGCAAAAUGGGCAAAAUAAUUUCUUAACGUCAGCAACACUUGACUCGACAGUAAAAGUACAAUCCGCAGCGACCCCAACAACAACGAGAGCAUCAACGGCGUCAGCAGCAUUGCAUAACAAAAAUUCUGCUGGUGACAAUAGCUAUAAUAACAACAACAGCAAGAGAAACAUGCCAACAACGGAAGUAGAGUCCAUUUUAAUAACAUUAACACCGGAAACAAUAUACAAAGGGGCCUCGUUGCUUAAAAUGACACCGGGUGCGGAAAAUGCACCACGGAACAAUCUUGGUAGUAGUAGCAGUAGCAAUGGCUAUGGCAACCAAGCAGAGUCAGCAUAUCAAUAUGAGGGUCAAUUAAAUGCAACCCUUGAGCCCUUAGCCUGUUUCGAUGGAAAUGUGCUGAAAAUGUUGCCAACUGAAUUAAUUGCUUUUGGCAAAUUGAUAACUGUCCAACAGCAACAGCAACAGCUACAACAAGGACAACAAAGUCAAAGCCAAGAGCGUUCCGGACAAAAGGAUAUUUUACGCAUCAGCAUAAACGGAUUGCAUCGGUGGAGUCCACAAUUUGAAAAUCACAUCUGGAAACAUUUGGGCUGGGAUGAUUGGAGUGAUUUCACGCUUUGUAGCGUUACAUGCGGUAAAGGUGUGCAGCAGCGAUUUCGACGUUGUCUCCUGGAUAAUCCAAUGAUGAACUUAAACAUGAAUAUGAAUUUAAACGCAGUUGUUGAUGAUGAUGAUGACGACGAUGUUGUUAUUGAUGGUGAUGUUGAAGCUGAUGAAGUGGCCCGUGAUGCUUAUGCUACACAAAAUGGUAUUAUCAAUGAAAUGGAGACAGAAAUUGACUUUACGCAAAUGGAAAGUGACAAAAGUGUUGUCAAUGUGCCGACAACAAAAGAUGCACAAACUGAUAUUGAAAUUAUAGCAGCAAACGAUGCUGACAGCAGCAAUACUUUGCAGCUGCAUGGCAUGAAGGAAAUUAAAAUUGUUCCCACUAUUAAUGCAAUUGAUAACAUGAGUGAUGUCGCUUUGUUGUCACAACAGCAGACGGAUCGAAGUACAACGAAUAACAGCAACAAUAUUUCUCCAGUUGCUGUGAGUGAUGUUAAUAAUGAAGAUACUGAACAUAAUAUGCUGUAUGUUGUUGCAAAUAAGUUAAAUGAGUUUAAUGAAAACUUACAAUACGCAAAUUCAAAAACUUUGACCACAUCAGCGAAAAAUAUUAAUAAAAAAAAUCAAUUGCAAGGAAAAAAAUCUGAGAAAGACUUUCAGAAGCCAUCCAAGAAGCACCGCAGCAGAAAGUCAACAAAAACUUUCUCGACUUUAUUCUGCGAAGGUUACAAUAUCGAACAACGGAAUUGCAACACUUUUGAAUGCCGUGAUGACAUAAACGACUUAUUAAAAUUUUAUAAAAAGUUUCCAAUGUUCGAUGACAUAAGCGCUGCGACAAUGCCAUUGGCAACUGAUAUCAAUACAUCCACAACAAUUGCUGCAGCUUCAAUUGGAGCAGCUGCAAUGUCUACCGAUACAGUUGUAGCGACAGCAACAACAACCUCGAGCAUUGGCUUCGGUACUAUUAAUGCUGCUGUUAGUUUAAAUGCCAUGCCGUCAUCAACACCUUCCAAUAUGGGAUAUGUCAAGAGUUGGCACAAUGCAUUAAAUUUCACGCUCAUGACCACACUAAGGGCUAAGAACGACAGCAAGACCACAGCAACAAUUUUUUCCAUACGCAACACAACACACAAUUUAUACUUGGAGUCGUGCAAGGACGGUUUGCGUCUAUAUUUGGAACGUGAUAACACCACCGAAAUGCUACCUGUGAAAUUCAAUUUAUACGAUUAUCGCUGGCAUCAAGUAGCCAUCAG